AUGGAAACAGAAAUGCUAUUCUGCUCGGAUAUCCCACUGCCUAUGGAGCCCGGAUUCUGUCUACCCGUUCCACGUUCCUCAUGGGUGCAUCUGGAUGAGCCCCCGCAUUCGAAUCGAUCGUCGGUGGCGGUUCGCCUACGGGCUCGCGUGUUAGAAGUAUACCCGAACUCCGUGGAUGACCUCCAAAACUGCACCGUCUUAGCUUGUCAGCGAUGUCGCACAGCCACUCGUCUGAGCUCAAUCCUGGAUGGAAAUGAAGACCCGUGCGAGUGUAACACAUCCCCGCUACAUGCGAACGGAACCGAGCAUCCGUCGAAGCGGGUCCUUUGCCCGUUUGUUUUGUUGAAGCUGGAAGACCCAACUGGACAGUUGGUCGUGUGUGCUCCGGCCACGUCCGGUGUGGCUCUGCUGACCCGAUCAACAGACCAAGCCACCCAAAACGCACAAUGGGACCAGGUAGCCAAUGAGUUGUUUGGAUCCCACGCCACCGAUGAGCGUGCUGUCGCCAAAAAUCUCCUGCGCCAGUUGUCAAAUCUACUUACUCGGUCUGUGGAGUUGGUUUUGCGUGUGAGUUGGCUAUCCAGCUGGGAACUCGGUGAACCAAUUCUGAUAGGUCAGCUGGAUUUGAAAUUUGAACUCCUGAACGAACAACCACUCACUUGGUCGACUUGUAAUGAUUAAUACGGACUUGCAUUUAUGUACAGCUCUAACGUUCCCUUUUCUAUGCUUUCUUGUAAAUAAUAGCCAUCUUGAAAUUGUG